UACAAGAUGGGGCUGCAGUGCCUUGACUCCAAUACUGAUUUACUAGAUAUGUCUGUCUCUCCAUUGAAGGAGUCUCGGCGUAGAUAUUUUUAUGGCAGUUCCUGGCAUAACCCUAUGAUUGGUUCCAGUGAAAGCAGCCUGAUGAGGGACGCUAUCAUGUCGGUGGAGGAGAUGAAGAUCCGGGGAGAGCUUGAGGUGGAUAUAGAGAGAGACUUGGAGGAAGAGAUCAAAGAUGGUAUAUACCAUCUUGCUCUUCGACUGCACCGCCUUUACCAGCACCAGAAGGAAAGAAAUGCCAGAGAAUUUCUACUACAUGAUGAAUCAGGACAAAAGGGGAAAAUACUUUCUGAGGUUAACAUAAUUAUUAGAAUGGAUGGAGGAACCAAAAUCGAAAUCAAAGAGACGAAGAAGGAAGCUCCAGAAAGGAGUAGAACUCGGGCUUCUGCAACACAAGUUACCCGAGGAAUGCCGCUGCCAGCUGACACCAAGAAAUUUGAUUGGGCCAAGUCUCUCAGGCAGACGGGAGCUAGUCCUGGGAUUGCUACGAAUAAGAAAAUCAGUAACAGCUCAUAUCAGGCUAGAAUGUCUUAUGAUCGUAACCUCAAACUUGAGAAUGCCAAGAGAAAUAAGGGGAAUGGAAGUGGAGACCACAAUUUACUUCAACUUGGAUGGAGAAUCUGAGUUGAUCAUUUGGGUUGGUGGCAUGAAAAUAAUGCGUCUACUGAUUGUGCUAUGUGACCAUAAUAAGCCAUCGUUAGCAUAUGUUGUCAUGUGAGUGUUGUAUGAAAUGCUUUGUUAAUAAAAGUGUGAAAGAGUCUGGAAAAUAAGUUCAA